UCUCCUAUCUAGGGCUUUUGUAAUUAGACUGAACCCUAUUCAGUAGAGAGAGACAGAGUUCGUUCAUUUGAGAAUGGAAACCUCUCUUAGGUAUGGUGCAGAUUCCAAGUCUCUCAGAAUCCACGCCAAGGAAAAAUUCCCCAUCGGCGCAAAUACGCUCUGCCAGCUUAAUGGAGAGCUGGACACAAGGAUUGGAGCUCCUACUUACCUUACUGCAAUGAUAAGAUACUUCUAUCCUGGUUUAUCGGCCAGCCUUGGUGUGGGAGUUCAAUACACUAGGCAUGAGAAGGUACACUAUAUGGUACGUGGAAAGACGACAUAUCCAGUAACUGCUGAUGGAUUGCUAAGCUUUAAUGCUAAGGGUCGAUGUCAUAUUGACGAGGAAUUUAGAGAGAUAAAUUAUACUGGGGCUGCAGAAUUUGUUUGGAACAUCUUCAAUGUAAAAAAGGACCAAGAUUUGCGGCUCAAGUUUGGAUAUAAUGUUUUGGACAAGGUUCCAUAUAUGCAGAUUCGGGAAAAUAAUUGGACCUUCAAUGCUGAUGGAAAUCGCAGAUGGAAUGUGAGAUACGACCUGUGAUGUGGGUUGAGCUUCAACACCAUGAAUGGGUGUCAAUAGAUAUAUUAUUUAUGUUAAAAGCAAAAGUAAUGGGAAUUUGUGGAAUGGAAUGCCUUCAACAUCGAAAAUUCUUGGAGUACAUUGGAAGAGCAAGAAACCAGCUAUAAAGUUAGAGGCUUUGUGUUACAUAUACCAGUCUCUAUAUUCUCCUUACAUAUGUCCGUUGAUUCGUUGCAUUGUACACAAUUGACACCACCCAAUUCUGAUUAGUUGCUUCAUUUAUGCCCAUCACUUUGAUAUA